GAAUUAAUGAUUUAAAGAUUAAAUCUUUUUAAUUAGUAGAUUUUUAAUAAAUAUUAUAACUCUUAUACUUACCUAAAAAUGAAAAAUGUAGAAGUGAAGAAUAACUGAGACAUAUGUAAUUACUAUAACUAUCUGGUAUACUUUAUAAUCUUACGAUCGAAAGGUAAGCACACAUGAUAAAUCGUGUGUGCACUUAGUAUUCUUUGUGCGGGCCAACUUAACAUAGCGGAAGUGUUACACUUGCAGCUGUGACCAAAACCUUUCAGUUACGCAAUGGCGAAAGCAAUACGGUGGGAUGCGACACACGUUUCACCAAUGACCACCCUGUCGUUCCUAUAAAUACGAUUGUCAGAACUCAGUCGAAUGUCAGUCCUCCUCUAGACACAUCUGUGAGAUCAUAGAAUUAUAUUCAAGUAAAAAAACAUGGCUAUCAAGUUGAUCCUUGUCGUCAUGGCAGCUGGAAUGUUUGCUCUAUGCAACGGAGGAGCUAUUCCAGUACCUAUUGCUCCUAUAGCUCCAGCCACGGAUUAUGAUCCUCAUCCGCAAUACACUUACACUUACGAUGUAAGCGAUAGCUUGACCGGUGAUUCGAAGAGUCAACACGAGAGCAGAAAUGGUGACGUUGUUAGUGGCAGUUACAGCUUAAUCGAAGCUGAUGGUACCAGACGAAUUGUCGAAUACACGGCUGAUCCAAUUAAUGGAUUCAACGCUGUCGUCCACAGGGAACCUAUAGCCCUAAUCAAACCGAUCGUUCCUGUUGCUCCUGUUGCUCCCAUUGCCUACCGUCAUUAACUAUAACUAUUCUAGAUACAAAUAUAACUGAUAUCAUUAUUUCUCCAUACAACUAGUCACACUUAUCUCUGUAUAUCUACUCGGUUCAUAUUUCCUUCGUUUAACUUAAUGAAGAUACGAAGUUUGCUAUAAAUACUACAAAUGCUUGCCAUGAAUCAUCGUGAUGUUUUUUAUAAGUAAAUUGCAAUGAAGAUGUUAUAUACUGCAUGAAAAUUUAUUCAAUAUUUUAUAGAAGCUUCGAGAUUUUAAACUGUCCGUCGAUAAUAAAAAAUUUUGUAGCAUUGUAUAUAACUAAUAAUUUUAAUUGACAUUUUGUAUGUAUAAUAAAGAUAUUUUAUUAUAAUACAUUUGCUUCCUGUUUACCUCUUUGAUUUGAUAAUGUUAAAAUACUUAAAACUGCUUACUGAGUAUUUCUCGAAAAGAAAGAAGAUUGAUUACACAUCUUCUGAAGACUUUUGUUUUGUAUUAAUCGAUUGAAAAUAAAAGUAAUUUCGAAGAAAAAUAAUGCCUUUAUGAAAUGUUUGUGUCAAAAACAUGAUAACUUUUAUAAUUUAAAUCGUAAAUGUGUAAUUAAUAUUCACCAAUCGAUCUAUAAGAGAUACUUAUUUCUAUAUGCAUUAAGAUGUGAUGUGACGAAGGAUGAAUUAGAAAUUAUUAAACACUGAAAUAAUGUAAAUGAAACUAUUGCAAUGACCUAUUUUUCUAAAUCGAAAACAAUGCGAAUUAUUGCAAUUAAAGUUUCGAUUGU